AUGAGUCACAUGCAUAUGUGUUACGCUCACGAAUGCAACUGGACCGUUAGCUUGGAAGCUCUCACUCCAGACACCGUCUGGGACGCCGCACUGCAGAACUCGGAGCAUCUUGUGAUGGUGUAUGAUGAUGAGAGCAAGACCGUGCGAGGCCGCCCCCUCAAGGAGCUAGUGCACAACCGCGUCCCUUAUAGGGAUCGCGGGUGGUGCAAGGCAGAGGUGGAGUGGUCCUCUUGCAGGAGCAGGUCCGAGCAGAACCAGCUGAUCGACCCUCGGGACUCCGAAGUGAACUCCGCAAGCGAGCUCGCGGGCAAAGUCCCAACGGCUCCCGAGGUCUUCCAAGAAGACAUGAAGAAAGCCGCGUUCACGCAUCGGAACGAUGCCGGAAUAGUGCAGAAGCUGCAGCAGGACAUUUACUACAAGAAAGUCUCGGCAUGCGAAGAGGCGCUGCUGACAAACUUGCCGGAAGGCGAGUUGGGCCGGCUGGCCAAAGCCCUGAAAGAUUACAGGAAGCUGAAGGUCUUGCGCCUCCGCAACAUUGCGGUGGGUGAGGCAGAGGCCGAGGAGUUCUGCAAGGCACUUGGGCUGAACGACACAAUCGCAAAGCUGGAGAUCCAUGCACUCGCAGAUGCCCUGAAAUCAAACAAGACCGUCACCGACAUCAGCCUCGAUGGCAACUGGAUCGGACACGAGGGCGCCAAGGCACUCGCAGAUUCCUUGAACUCCAACAACUGCACGGUCACCCACGUCAACCUCGGUUGGAAAGACGAGGGUGCCAAGGCACUCGUAGAUGCCCUGAAGUCCAAUCGCACCGUCACCGUCAACCUCGGUUGGAACAAGAUCGGAGACUUCACAAAAAUCUUAGGCAAGGGCGCCAAGGACAACGAAGAAUCGGCGAAGCACUCUGCAGAUGCAACGAAGUCCCAGGCUUGGACGGGGAAAGUGCGCAUCCAGGCGCUCGCGUCUCAGCUGACGACCAACAGCGGCACCACCCGUCUAGUUCUGGUAGGAAAUCUUUGGUUUGGAUUUCCGGGCAUCGCAGCGGAGGACUGCCAGGCACUGGCAGCUGCACUGAAGCUCAACUGUACGGUCACCCGCAUCAGCCUCAUUCACUGCAAGAUCGGAGACGAGGGCGCCAAGGCACUCGCAGAUGCCCUGAAAACAAACAAGACCGUCACCAACAUCUACCUCGGUACCAACGGGAUCGGACCCGAGGGUGCCAAGGCGCUCGCAGAUGCACUGAAGUCCAACUGUACAGUCACCCACGUCUACCUCAAAAACAGCAAGAUCGGGGACGAGGGUGCCAAGGCAAUCGCAGACGCCUUGAACUCCAACUGCACGGUCACCCACGUCGACCUCAGAAACAACAAGAUCGGAGCCGAGGGCGCCAAGGCCAGGCGGUGCCCACAGGGUUUUCGCAGCCUGCAAUUUCGACCACCGCUUUCCUGUGAGAGGCACUCGCAGACGUUCGGAAGUUCAACCAUGUUGUCGACGUCGUGA